CACCGUAGUAAGGAGAGGUGCCAUGCGUGUACCGAGCCGUGUGAACAAGGAGUAGCCGGUCAACGUUUUGAUUAUUGGUUGCGUUUCCAACGUAGCCGCUGCGGUGCUUGUGCAAGUCUUCAGUGGCGGGGCAUGGCUGGCAGUCGCAUCUACAAGUUGGGCUCGAUCUUCACGAGGGUGGAGGGCCUGUUGAAGGCUGGUGGCAUGCAGCCUUCGGAGCAACCACUCUGGCUUGAUGUGUACCGUGCCUUCCCACCGAUCGAGGAGCCCAGCUUCUACAGGACGGCCGGGGGCGAUGUGCGUCGCAUCUUUUAUCCGGAGGAUGUGGCCCGCAUGCAGUUCUACCAACAGUAUGCCAACACUACUGUGGACCUGCAGGACACAAGAAAUUUGUCGCCCUGCCAACGGUUCCUGAAGGAGCAGGCACCACUUGACAAGGACAAGUAGGCGAGCAUGCUGUGCUUCCUCCGAAAGCCUAAUAAAUGUCAGGUGGUGCACUCCUUCACUCCCUGGGCAUCACGGCGCACAUCAGCAGAGGGAAACGGGCAAUGCUGUCAGCAAAUGUGUUGCCGACGACUGUUUCACGCGGAAGCAUUGUCUGGUCAUUUGCGCUGACAAUGUCGUUUAGUGUGACAGUGUUAGUGAGUUUGUUGUCCAGUGUAAUAAUAUAAUGAUAGGGAGCAGCGGAUAUUGUAGUGAAUCAGGACUUGUUGCUGGGCUAGUUGGUUCAUCUCAUUCCGUAGUGUUAAGACGCAAACAAGGACGGGAAGAAAAACGAUCAGGACAGCGUCACUUGCAACUAGUUUAUUCAAUGAAGACAAGGGUCAAAUUUAUAGGAGAAGAUGGCCUUGUGCGCACUUACAUUUGCGCACAUAACUCAAAGCUUGCAUCAUUACCCAAUCAUAUAGUGCAGAAACUGGCGUUCAGUGCUGCGUAAAGCCACAGACGUAUCGCUGACACAGGUGUCACGUGUCUUAGCAAUUAAAUAAGCCUCCAUUAACUCCCGUGCCAGGGAAUCUUUGCUUUUACCAAAAAUACGGAUAUUGAAAAAGUCUGCCUCACAUGUGCAGGAAUCACAGUGCAUAGGUAAAUGCGCACUAAUCUUAUUCUUGAUAGACAGCUCGUGUUCUUUUGCCCUAUCAAUGAUGCAACGGCCUUUCUGACCAAUAUAAACCCUGCCGCAAUCAAGUGGAAUUUCGUACACCACACCGACCGUGCAUUCUUGGCAAAAGCAAAGAUUCCCUGGCACGGGAGUUAAUGGAGACUUAUUUCAUUGCUAUGAAACGUGACAUCUGUGUCAGCGAUACGUCUGUGGCUUUAUGCAGCACUGAAUGCCAGUUUCUGCACUAUAUGAUUGGGUAAUGGUGCAAACUUUGAGUUACGUGCGCAAAUGUACGUGCGCACAAGGCCAUCUUCUUCUAUAAAUUUGACCCUUAUCUGCUUUCAAUAAACUAGUUGCAAGUGACGCUCUUUCCUGUCCUGAUUGUUUUUUUUUUUGUUUUUUUUUUUGUUUUUUCCGUCCUUGGUUGCGUCUAAACACUACAGAAUAGGAUAUUGUAGUGGCUAUACUAGUGUACAGCUUGUUUCAUUAUGAAGGCAAAAUUCUGGAAUUGGUAAUAAGCCUGUGCAACUAGUUUUGUAAUUUGUUAUUAAAAAUUGUCAGUGUGUUUAGAGACUGCCAGGCUAGCCAUAAAAGUCCGCUGGAAGCUUUGGCCAGCCUGGGUCCCUCAUGUACAUGAAGCUUGAAUAAAAGAUUAUUUCAUACGUUAAA